GGGCAGUGACAGCGGGGCCUCUCCCAUUAUUUCUUAUUGGGUGAAUUUCUAGCUUUGCUGCUAGCUUUAUCUGCAUAAGCUAGUCAGCCAGAGGAGAUCAACAGGACCUGUCAGCUUUCUUUCUAGUGUUUCUUUUUAUGUAUUUAUUUAUUUGUCAAUUUUUACCUUAAAAUCAAAACAACAACUCGGGGCCUUGGUUAGCUGGUAGCUAAGCUAGCCGUGUUGUAAAUAAAUGGCGUCUGAUACGAGUGAUGCCGAGGAGUUUUACGACGCAGCAGAGGAUGUCAACUUGUCUCCAUCGCCGCAUGUGUCACCUGCGAAGUUCGUCCUCCCGCAACCUCAGACUCAAAAGAACCAGGUACAGGAAGAAGCUGCUGCGUCAGAGCCUCGCCAUGACGACUCUCUCCAGAUCAUCGACAGUAUUAUAGAGGAGAGUCAGAAAGGGGGCGGAGUUGAGGAGGACCUAUUGAGCAUUGAGGAUAAAAGCUCCGCCUCCUCACUUCCAGAUCCUCCAGUAGCCCCGGAUCUCCCAGCAGCUCCCGAGGAACCGGACCCAGGGGCACAGGAUGCGCAGGACGAGCGGGACACACAGGAAGUGGCUGUGGAUGGAGCACAGGCAUCUCAGGAAGAAACGUCUCCUCCCCCUCCUCCUCCGGACAUCACGCGUGCCCUCGGACCGUCUCAGUCUGCCGACGAUUCAGAAACGCAGAAGACGGCGGAUAUCUUGGAUCAGGUGCCGCUCGCAGACAAACCAGAGUUGAACAACUCGGGCCCGUCGAAGCCUCCCAGGCAGUUCACCGUGGAGCCGGAUAUCGUCGCCAGCACCAAGAAAGCUCCUCCCUCGAGACCGCCACCUCCCAGUGGGGCUCCGCCACCCAGGCCACCGCCCCCGGCACGGCCCUCUCUCCCCGCCAGUAAGAAGUCUCAGGAAAUCAUUCGGCCCACAAGGCUGGAGGUGUCUGGACAGGGAUCGGACGAGCCGUGCGGACUGGUCAGUCCAAACGCCAGCGUCAGAGGAAUCGCCAAGGAGCUGCAGCACUCUCUGGAUCUCGCCAGCGCCACCAGUGGGGAUAAAGUGGUGACUGCACAGGAAACUGACGAGCGAGAGCCCAGUCCGAGCGGUAGUGAAACUCCUGGACCCCAGAGACCGCGCUCUAACUCUGGCAGAGAGCUCACUGAUGAGGAGAUCUUGGCGAGCGUGAUGAUUAAGAACCUGGACACCGGUGAGGAGAUCCCCCUGAACCAGGCUGAGGAGAAACUCCCAGCUGGAAUCAACCCGCUCACGUUGCACAUCAUGAGGAGGACCAAGGAGUACAUCACGAACGACGCCGCUCAGUCAGACGAUGACGAGAAGAGUCAGCCUGCACUGGCCGACACGGACGGAGGGAAACUCAAACAGAAAACCACCCAGCUGAAGAAGUUCCUGGGGAAGUCGGUGAAGCGGGCGAAGCACCUGGCGGAGGAGUACGGCGAAAGGGCGGUGAACAAGGUGAAGAGUGUCCGGGACGAGGUGUUCCACUCGGAGCAGGACGAGCCGUCCUCGAGCGACGACGAGGGCAUGCCGUACACGCGGCCCGUCAAAUUCAAGGCGGCGCACGGCUUCAAGGGUCCGUUCGACUUUGAUCAAAUCCGGGUGGUGCAGGACCUCAGCGGGGAGCACAUGGGAGCAGUCUGGACGAUGAAGUUCUCUCACUGCGGCCGGCUCCUGGCUACAGCCGGUCAGGACAACGUGGUUCGAAUCUGGGUCCUAAAAAACGCCUACGACUACUUCAACAACAUGAGGAUCAAAUACAACACAGAAGGUCGUGUUUCGCCUUCGCCGUCUCAAGAGAGUCUGUGUUCGUCCAAGUCUGACACUGAUGGAGGGCUGGCAGGAUCAGCAAUGGAUGACUCGGACCUCGAAGACAGAAACGUUCCCUUCAGACAGCUUCCCUUCUGCAAGUACAAAGGCCACACAGCCGACCUUCUCGAUCUCUCCUGGUCAAAGAACUACUUCCUGUUGUCGUCGUCCAUGGAUAAGACGGUGCGCUUGUGGCACAUAUCGAGACGAGAGUGUCUCUGCUGUUUCCAGCACAUCGACUUCGUCACAGCCAUCGCCUUCCAUCCCAGAGACGACCGGUAUUUUCUGAGCGGCUCCCUGGACGGUAAGCUGCGCCUGUGGAACAUUCCGGACAAAAAGGUGGCCCUGUGGAAUGAGGUGGACGGCCAGACGCGUCUCAUCACCGCAGCCAACUUCUGUCAGAACGGCAAAUACGCCGUCAUCGGCACUUACGACGGACGCUGCAUUUUCUACGACACGGAGCGCCUUAAAUACCACACGCAGAUCCACGUGCGCUCCACCAGGGGGCGGAACCGCGUGGGCCGCAAAAUCACCGGCAUCGAGCCUCUGCCUGGAGAGAAUAAGAUCCUGGUGACAUCGAACGACUCUCGCAUUCGCCUGUAUGACUUGAGAGACCUGUCACUUUCCAUGAAGUACAAAGGCUACGUGAACAGCAGCAGUCAGAUCAAAGCUAGCUUCAGUCACGAUUAUUCGUUCAUUGUGAGCGGCUCCGAGGAUAAAUACGUGUACAUCUGGAGCACGUACCACGACCUGAGCAAGUUCACCUCCGUACGGAGGGACCGCAAUGACUUCUGGGAAGGAAUUAAAGCCCAUAACGCAGUCGUGACGUCGGCCAUCUUUGCGCCCCACCCGGAUCUGAUCGUUCCGCAGGAGCCGGGGGCGGAGAAACCCGAUACCGAGUGCAAGAGCGACGUCACGGACGAUUCCGAACCCAUCCCAUCAGGCGCAUUAAAAACAGACCACACGGAGGUCCUCCUCUCUGCCGACUUCACGGGAGCCAUCAAAGUGUUUGUCAACGUGAAAAAAUACUAAGCGCUUAUAAGCUGACCGUCUCGAGGUUUAAGAAAACUGAUUCCACAAGUAUCACUUUAUCGUAUGUCUGUAAUCAGAGGGCUUUAUAAACCCUGCUCGCUGCUCCUUAAUCGUCUACGGCUUCUGGUGAGUGCUCUGAGGGGGCGGGGACACGGUCAAGCCCCGCCCUCUGUGCAGGGAACAGGGACCCAGGAAGUGGUGCAGGACUUUGAGGGGGAGGAUGGAAACGGAGAAGGAAGAGGAGGAACGUAUCCAGAACACAAGGCACUUCUUAUGUCAUGUAUCUUUUUUUUUUUUUCUUUCUUUCUCUUACGGAGGAAGUUGGUGCGAGGGGGGGAAAGCUAUAAAAUGUUCUCGUGGGAAUAAAAUCUCAGCUCGUGCGUUAAUUUGCAACAUAACACAUGAUGAGCCUCGUUUAUUAAACUUUAUCUAAAGAUUUGUGUGAAGAAAAAAUUUACAUCAGAGAUAAAGAUUUUGUUUAACUGUCAAGCAUUGAUAUGUUGAUGAAGGUGAAAAAUUUGGUUUUAGCCACACCCACAUAGGGUAUAUAAAGGGUAAUGUUUCAUUAAAGGGAAAAAGAAAUUGUCACCUAAUCAGUGAAAGAGCGCCGCCUUCAGGUGACAAAUCAUACACGUUCAUUAACUUGAUUAACUUAAAUGUAAAAUCAAUUAUUUAAAUUCAAAAGUAUAAUUUAAAGUCAGUUUGCAUUAGUGCGGAAAUUUAUACAAACCUGUACAAAAGAUAUAAAAUUUCCAAACUGGAUUUUAAUGAACAGUGUAUUCUGAAGCUAAACUCAUUCAUGCAAACGGUUUUUCGAAAGAGUUUAUUAAAAGAGGCUCGUUACACGCGCAUCACAGCUCAACAGCAAAAAGAAAACAGGAGCGAAAAACUUUUCACCAUCAGUGCGACUCUUACAGUAUGAGACCUCAGUAUUAACAUCACUCAAGUAUCAGUGGCGGAAACCGAAAGAAUGUGCGAUACACUUGCUAACAGAGUCAGUCUUAGAGCCUCUUCAACAAGCUGCAGCCCAGUAUUUCUCAGGUUUGAUACUGUAAUCUGAUCAUCUGAACCUUAGAUUAGUCAAAGUUGGCCAUAGCCCGAUAAGCAAAGGGGGAAAAGGUGCUUCAGUGUUGUUUUUUUAAUUAUUAUUAUUAUUAUUUUUGAUAAAUGGUAAAUCUAAGCUGCAUUGUUUUUUUUAUUUAGUUUUUUUGUAAAUCGCAGUUACAUCCGUUUUCCUCCAUGGUGUUUGGAUCAGAAGGAAAGUCGUUAAUCAGAAAAAACAUGUUUAUCCUUGUGGUUAAGAGGAAAAAAAAGCAGAAAAAUAGUUCAGAUAUCCGCAAUUUUUACGCAGUUCUAUUUUCUUCUCGUUAUGCUCUGACCCCACCCCCCUCUGAUAAACUCACCCCUCACACAACAUGACCUCUCUGGUAAACUCACUUAUCUUUCUAAUGGCCCCACCCUCUCUCGUAACCCCACUUUUUCUCUGAUUGUUCCACCCGCUCUGAUAACCCCUCCCGUCUUUCUGAUAGCCCCGCCCUUCCUGAUAGCCCUACAACGCUGUUCCGAAUGUUUUCUUUUUGCUGCUGUUUGUCUCCUUUAUUUGUGUUGCAUUUGUGUUAAAUGUUGUUAUUAAUGAGCCACAUAUCAUAAAUCACAGAUAUUUAUCUGAUCACGCGCACACACACACAGAUUCCUAAUCAGAUCCUUUUCGUUCCGUUCGAGCUCACCAUUUCAGAUUUUUCAUGUUUGUUUGUUUAUCAGUAUUAUUAUUAUUAUUAUUAUUAUUAUUAUUAUUAUUAUAUGCUUGUAAAAAAAUAUUGAACCACUUUUUUUUCAAUAGGAAUUUAAAAUAUUAUUUUCUCAUGUAAGAUGGGGAAAUGUCGGGUAAACGAGGUAUCUGUCAACCUUCACUUAUCUUUUUUUUUUUUCUCCAGUCUUCAUUAAAUGCUUUAUCCUCGUCA